AUGAAAGGGUUCCUGCCACAUCUGCGAGUUCUCCCAGAGGAAUUGGAACGCAACCACAGCGAUGUGUCUCUGAGCUCGGUGGACAUCCACGAAGAAGUUUCACAAAGUGCUAAAAAAGACGAAGAGACGAAGACAGAGGCUUUGGAAAAUGAGAGCCAGGAACCACAGUCGCUUCAGAGCGGAAUCCCAUACGAACUUCGUGACGAAAAGGGUCGAAAGUGGUGGAAGUACUUUGACGAGUUCGAAUACCGUGCUAACUCGGAGUACAAGAAGUCGCGCAACUGGUAUACCUUUUUGUAUCCAAACCACACGACGCAAACCAAAUCGGAGCGCAGGCUGCUGUACAAAUUGGAUCUCAUGAUCGGAGUGUAUUUUUUGAUGCUAUGUUGGUGUAAAUCAUUAGACACCAGUAACUACAGUAACGCGUACUUUUCUGGAAUGCAAAAGGAGCUUAACAUGACCAAAAACGAUUAUAUCAAUACGGUUGCCAUCUCAAACGUAGGUGCUAUUGUGCUUCAGUUGCCCUUCAUGUACAUUUUACCCAGAUUUCCAGCCCAUCUUAUUCUGCCUAUUAUGGACUUGGGAUGGUCUUUCUUCACAUUUGCGUGCUACAGAGCUCAUUCGUUAGCCGAGCUUAGGGCGUAUAGAUUCAUGGUGAGUGCUUUUGGUUCCGCUUACUACCCUGUAUCACAAUAUGUUCUGGGUUCAUGGUAUGCACCCGAUGAAAUCAGUUCCAGAGUUUGCUUAUUUUUCUGUGGCCAACUACUAGGUGGUGUUACUUCUGGUCUAUUACAAGCCAGGACUUACAAAGACCUGAACGGAGUUCAUGGCAUAUCUGGAUGGAGAUGGAUGUUCCUGAUUGAUGGGAUCGCCAUUUCGAUACCAUGUGCUAUUAUUGGCUUUUUUGUUAUCCCAGGUAUCCCAUCAAAGUGCUACUCUUUGUUUUUGAGCGACGAAGAGAUCAGAGUUGCUCGUGCUCGUAACAGAAGAAAUCAAAUCAAUGACGGUGUCGCCAAAAAUAAACUACUACCGCUAUUGUCGUGGAAAAUCUGGAAAAAGAUAUUUUUCACCCCAGCAUUUUGGGUUUUAGUCGUCUUCGAUACCUGUUCUUGGAAUAAUAUGACGGCAUUUAGUGGAAGUUUCCUGUUUUGGUUGCAAAACGACCAUAAUUAUUCAGUGGUUACAAUCAACAACUUGUCAGUCUUGCCGGCUUGUCUUGGUUUCGUGUUUGUAUUUUUGUGCGCCUGGGGCGCCGACUUGUUCCGUUGCAAGUGGGUCUUCAUGGUGUUUUCUCAAAUCAUGAAUUGUGUGUCGUGCGCUAUACUUAUCAAGUGGGAUGUUGCGAACAGUACUAAAUGGUUCGCAUUCUUGAUCACUUAUUUUUCGGUUGCAGCGUCGCCAUGUUUAUGGUCUUUCAUCAACGAUUUUCUGAGAUUAGACCCACAACUGAGAGCUGUGACAUGGAUAGCCAUCUACAGUUUCUCACAGUCCACGUAUGCGUGGAUUCCAACUUUAGCGUGGAAAACAGUUGAACAGCCAAGGUUUAAAACUGGUUACACAGUGAGUUUGGUGUUUUCGGCGGUGUACGGUCUAUGGACGUUCGUUGUCCUAUACUUUUACAAGAGGAACGAGAAGAAAAAUGCCUUGGGUAAUGGAAUUAUUCUGUAUAAUAGCGAUAAUGGUGAGGCGGCCCCAGCUUUCAUCGAAACGCAGAUGGAAAAGAAGGGCGAGUACUACUACGUCAAAGAUAAGGAAAACGAGGCUUCAUACAAAAAUGACUUUUAA